UUUCACCACCAGUGGCUCUUGGUUUCAGGACGGGGCGAGAAACCUGACUAUCAAAACUUGCAUAGCUCAUUAAUGCUUCAACAGAUCCUUGGAAGCUUUAUUUCCCCUUCCCCAUCAGUGGAUCCAGUCUAACUCAAUGACCGCCUGCCAUUUACCCAAGGGCUUGUAAAACUCGUCAAACUUCCUCAUAAACUCCCAGCAUUUUAAAGAAACUCCAGCCCGGCUGAUAUCAGAUUCCAGAAACCUCGGUGGAGAGAGUAGUGGACGCGGUCUCCAGGCACGGCCGUCAAGGGGGUUGAAGAAAAGGUGAUGUAUAGUUAGCUUUUGACUCCUGGCUCCUUCCCCCCAGAGAUGCUUCACUUCCCAUGGGGCUUUGCGGUUUUCCUUCCGUUUCUUCUGGGCCUGGCUUCCGACCUUCGCGACCCUUGCUACGAUGCCAACCAACACCCACGGUACUGCCUCCCUGAGCUGUCCGAACUGGCCUCUGGGCGUCUGGCGGAAGCGUCCAGCACCUGCGGCAGACCCCCUGCGCGACUCUGCGCCUUCCGGGAUUCCACCGACCCAGCCUCGAAAUUCUGUCAGCGCUGCAACGGGAAAGUCCACUUGCCAGAGUCCCUCACCGACACCGACGGGGGCGCCACCUGUUGGUGGUCCCAGCCGGGCACCAACGCCACUCUUACUAUGGCUCUAGGACGCAGAGUGGAAGUUCUCUAUGUGGCUCUCCGAUUCUGCUCUCCACGGCCAGAAUCCCUGGCCAUUUAUAAAUCUAUGGACUAUGGGCGGAGUUGGGUGCCCUUUCAAUUCUUCUCCACCCGCUGUCGGCGGCGCUAUGGUCUGCCCCCAACCACCACCAUCUUGAAGGCCAUGGAACACGAGGCAGCAUGUAUUGAGGCCCAAACAGCCCCCAAACCUCUAACAGGGGGAUUAGUGGCCUUCAUGCCUCUAGCAGGCCGCCCCUCUGCCAGGAUGUUCGAAUACAGUCCUGUCCUCCAGGACUGGGUGACGGCUACGGAUCUCCGAGUGUCCUUUGACCGCAUGCACCCGACGCGGACGCUGGGGCUGCGAAGGAGGGAGGCGUCCUAUGGGGUGGCCGAGCUGCAGGUCGGGGGCAGGUGCAAAUGCAAUGGACACGCCUCACGGUGCACAGCUGGGGAAGACGGAGGGGUGCCCCAGUGUGAUUGUCAGCACAACACCGCCGGGCCUGAGUGCGACACCUGCAAAGCCUUCUACUGGGACAGGCCCUGGCAACGGGCCACGCCCAAAGAUGCGCAUGAGUGUGUGGCUUGCGACUGCAACCUCCACUCCCACCGCUGCCGGUUCAGCAUGGAGCUCUUCGAACUCUCGGGGCGCCGAAGCGGGGGGGUCUGCUUGAACUGUCGCCACCACACAGCUGGGCGCCACUGCCAGUACUGCCUGCCAGGCUUUAAGCGCGACCUCAGCCGCCCCAUGACGAGCAGCAAGGCCUGCAAAGCUUGCCAGUGUCAUCCCAUUGGAGCGGCCGGUGCCAUUUGCAACCACACUUCGGGCCAGUGCCAGUGCAAGAACGGAGUCACCGGGCUGACCUGCAACCGCUGCGCGCAGGGGUUCCAGCAAAGCCGCAGCGCCCACGCGCCCUGCAUCCGAAUCCAGGAAGUGAUGACAACUACAGCUGCCCCACCACAGGAAUGGAACACAGGUACUGAAUGCCAGACCCACUGUAAGCCACCACGAGGACGUGUCCAAAUGAACCUGAGGAACUACUGCAAGAAGGAUUACGUUCUCCGUGCACAACUGUUGGCCAUGCAGAAGUCCGGCACGUGGUGGCAAUUUACUGCCUCAGUCCUCACCGUCUACCGCCAGCGUCACGUGCCCAUUCGGCGGGGCGAGCAGCCGCUCUGGGUGCCCGAGCAGGACUUGACCUGCCGAUGCCUCCACCUCCAAGUGGGCAAAUCUUACCUGGUUAUCGGCAACGAUGAAGAGUCACCUGACCCUGCCCGGUUAAUUCUCGACAAAAACAGCCUGGCCCUGCCCUGGAGGGAUGCUUGGGCGCAUAAACUGCGCAGUUUCCAGCAGCAAAGCAAACGCGGAAAAUGUCGGGGCGUUUGAGCCACAGCGCGGCAAGUGG